ACAUGACCCAAAACCUGCUUUCUCAUAAAUACACACCUGUUCCGUUAUAACUUAUCCUGCAUAAGCAUAUCUGAGAUUUUCUUUAUUUAUUGCAUUUAAAUAAUCUUAUGAGAAAGAAACAACAAAGGCCCUUGUGGUACCUUGAAAAAAACACAAAAUGAUCUAAUGUGUAAAAUACAGGCCACAGAACUAUGGUUUAAUAAAUUAUUAGCCUUUUAGAUGUAGAUUAAUGUGGUUAUUAGCUCAAUUAAGACCAGUUACAUAUUUUGAUAUCUCACUUUGUGGCUUAUACAUGAAAACUGUUUGCUAAACAUAAUAGAGCUUGCCAGCUACUUAACAAUAUGACGUCCAAAUUCAGAAUUUCCUUAGGAAUGCAGUUUAAAGUUCUAUGCUGCAAACAAGCCGCUUCUGUGAGCAAGAAUUUUUGUUUAAGCUGGAUGCUGGCUGGUUAAAAGACAGAAUUGCCUGAGAUUUUAGUAUGAACCUACAGAAGUAGGAAUUGAAAUUAAUUCAAAGAAUGGAGAAAACCAAUGGAGCUAUCUAUAUAAGCUGAUCUGGCUAUCAUGAAAGGGACAAUGAGUAAUUUUGUUGGCAAUUGUCCAACAAAUAGGAAGAAAAAUGCAUGUGAGGUUUUCUGCCUUAGUACUCAAAGUAACCAUAGCUCUUGAAAUGAGAAACAUUUUAAUAUGUUGGGAUUGUAACCUACAAGAACAGCUGCUUAUUAAGAAAUAUCCUAGUAACAUCUUAACAAGAAUCCUAUUAAUAACAUUCCAGUGAAGCCAGUGCUUUUCCAUUUGGUGGCUAAACAGAAAAGAAGCUAUGGAAGAUUAUUUCAAUAUAUGAUUACUGCAGCUAGAUUAUUAUAUGCACAGAUAGAAAGAUUCAACACCAACCACUAUGAGCAAUGGUUGUUGAAGCUGAAUUUGCUACAUUUUGCUGAAAUGGAUACAUUGAUUUAUUCAAUUAGAGAAAAAAACAUCAAAAUUUAAUGGUGACUGGAAGCCUUUAAUGAACUUUUUGCACAUAAAUGAACUUGCAAUUUAUGGGUUGAUGAUUCGACUGGAUAGAUUAUAGAAAGAAUAAUAGUAUGAUGUAACUUUAACAAUAGAGGUUAAAAUAUAUUGGUACUUAAAACUAUUGUGAAGACUAUCAGAAGCCACUUACAUCCUUUUUCUUUUUUUCCUUUUUUUAUAUUGUAUUAGUCUCUGUUAGUUUUUAUUUUCUUGUUUAAAAGUAAUAAAAUACAGAUAAUAAAACAAUCCUAGGGCAAAUAAGUGUUCUGACUCCCAAAGUAGUCUUAUUAAAUCAAAGUUUACAACUAUUAAAAUUACUCUGAAAUAUUGACUGCAAUUAAAAUUGAAAUUAGAAGUUUCAUUCAUUCAUUCCGACUCUUAUAAAUUCCUAUUUUCUGAGCUAUAGGAAUGCAGCAUUGUAACAAUCCAAUCAUAUGAAACUAAAAUUCUAAAAUCUAAAGUGUAUUGCUGGUGCUUUGUAUAUAAACCAUAAGCUAUAGCCUAGAACAAAGAGAAAAAUAUCCCAAACCAAUACAGGAAUUUAACUGACAUUUUGUCCUGUCAACCUGUAUUUGUGGUGAUAUCACAAAGAUAUAAUCAAAGAUCGCUUGAAAAAAAGUGGUUUCUUGCGCUUCUGAGGAUGUUAAAUUUUAGCUGAAGGAAUGUGAUUCACCCUCAUUUUGUUAUUGAAGCUAGAUAACUUUUAUUGCAACCUGAGCUCCAGAUGUCUUGGUGCCUGUAGGUCAAUAUGAAGUGGCCAGGACUGGAAGAUCCCAUCUGAAAGGAGCCAAACUGGGAAAAGCCAUUUUUAAAAAACUUGAGACAAAGCUAUCAAGGCAGAAAAUUCUCUAGCUUAGGCAUUCUUGCUUGGCACAAAACCCCCACUGAAACCAAGCAUUGAUACCAAACACAGUGUUUGAUCUCAGAAAUGAUGUUCACUUUUGUUUUGGUAGGCCAGGAUUACAGUCUCAUACCAAUCAUAUAUCAUGGUUGUGAAAUGAGUCCCAUCCAUUAGUCAGUCGUCUUGGGUAUACUGGGUAUUUUGUCUUUAAAAAAUUACAAGAUAUCUCACAACUAGGCUAAUUCUUUGAUCCAGAAGUCUUUGGGGACAUCAGUAAUUUUGAGUGUCAAGAACACUGUCAGAAACUGGCCACCAAUUUGUGGAAUGACGAUUCAUUUAAAAACCCAUGUUCUAAAAGUCAAAUUAAUAAGGUAAUUACUCACUGUUUACCAUCCUAGUUUACCUUUUGUAUGGUGAGGUACAUUUCCUGACAAGCAUGGAUGUACAGCCUCCUUGUAUUUUUAUUUUCUAAUUAUAUCCAUGGAGUUUAAGUGAGGUUCGUGGCAACUCUUCCAUUUUAAAAAAAUUAAGGGAAUCAAGUCAGGGGCUACAACCAGGUUAGAUAAGUGACUUACUGUUUCCUAGAAGCACUUCAUUAUUUAAUAUGGCUUUAAUAAGUCUUGAGGAAGAUAAUAAAAAUGAACGUACUCUUCUUCCCAUAUAAAUGCCAGAUGCCAAGACCACAAUAUAUUAUGUUGAAUUUUGCAUGUUUUGUUCAAACGCCUUAAGCUAUGGAAGAUUGGAGGAAACAUUUCACAUGAUCUCUGCUUAUGACUGUCAGGCAGUAUUUAAAAAGAAAUAUAAACUUCUUUGCCUUUUUUUUUUUUUUUUUUUGCAAUUUCUGUUAUCCCUAUCAUAUACUCUGAUAUACUAGUUAUAGGCAUAUUUUAUAAUCUGCAGCUUUUGCAAGUGACAUGGAUUUCUUGGGCCAAGUGUGUUGUUGCUGUUACCACAAUGAAGAUGAAUUGGAGAAGAAUUCGUUGAUCACUGGUGACACCUUUCAGUAUUUCAAUAAGUUACAGAAAUGGCGGCAAUCAGAGGCAGCUAACUUGUGGAAUGAACCAGCAGACUCUGCUCAUGUGGAGCGGGGGGAUGAUCAUGAGCUUCACAAGCUUCUAGAGAAAAGAUCAAAAAUGUGUCGUGGGUCAGAGGGUUACCGACGUUUGAGCUUUGACAUCAUUGCCCACCGACAGAUCCGUCAAAAGGUAAAGGAUCGGUGGAAGCAUAUCUUGGAAGUCUUAGGAUUCAAAGCUGAAGCAGAUGGCCUACUCACUGUAACUUCCUGUACUCCUUAUGAAUCUCUCCACAAUCCUCAAGAGGCCCGCAGACUCCACACUACCCUGGCUGAACAGACAUCAAUUUUUGGUCAUCACCAUGGUGGUCCACCAGAGAGAUAUCUCUUUGUCCUGAAAACUAGGAAUGGUUCCUUCUGAAACAUUUCCACACCCUCUCACCUUCUAUGGGGUUGAUACAGCUUUUACAUCCACCAGUUGUGCAAUCUAUAGCUCUCCUUUCUGUAUCUCAGGAUUGUUUCCAUAUAUCCUUACAGCAACUGACAUAAAAAGGGCAGGCGUUUGACAAUAAGGCCUUCCAUCUUGACCUUUUUGAUGCAGCCUUUCCAUAGGCAUCCCUGGGCUUAGGCCACCAAACCCAUGCUUCAAAACUAUGGAUGACAGAGUUUGGAUUUUUCUAGAUCUCUUUGUUGCCAUCUAGCAGCAGGAAGUGAGCAUUAUUUGGUAACUAGGAUAAAUCCUUCCUUUUCCAACAAUGCUAAUGGAAUACUUGUCAUGGUUCCUAACAAGCCAUAUAGGGAGGGAAUUGGAAGUUGCUAGAAAUAGGAUUGUGGCUGAUUAAAGUAAAAGCCCAGAGAAUUUUCUUAAAAACUCUCCAAAGCCUCUUUGGCUUCCAUACGUUUCUGGUUUUCCCUAGACAAUUCAUUGAGAAGGUAUCUGCCAUGUGAGGCCUGAAUGUGGGCCUCCAGAAAGGGAGGAAAAUAACCUUUUCUGCUCCAUUUCAUUACAGUAGCCUCUCUUUUCUAAAAAAAUGUGGAUAUGUCAUUACAGUCUUUGCAAAUAAUGUAAUAGUACAUUUUUAUGUCAGUGAAAAAUCACCUUAAUUAAACUAAUUUUAUUAUUGUUUGUUUGUCAUUGUGUUUUUAUUGUAUUAAGUGAUAAUACGAUCACUCCAAUCCUUCGCUCAACUUCUGCUGAUAACUAGACCACAUGUUAAAAAUCAAAAGUUAUUACCUUCUGUUUAUGACCAAAUAAAAUUUGCUUAUGCUCUUCCUUUAGGAGAUAUUUAAGUGGAAUUCUUCAAUCCCUCUGAAAUGUUAAUUUUCCUAGACUUGCACCAAGAAGGAUUUUGAAUGUUCUAGAUUCCUUUAACGAAUUCCUUUAAGCAUUUUUCCCCAUUUGCACCAAAAAUGUGGAGGAAUCACCAUGAACAGUAUUUAAAGAAGUCAAAUUUUAAAAAGUUUAAUGAAACUUAUCCAAACUAAUACUAUGUUUAACGAAACUUUUGGGAGACCUGCCACCCCAGAACUACUUCAAAAUCUUUACCUCCUCAUAUUUACUAUGCCACACAGUUUUAUAAGAUGGAAAUGUGAUGGAAUCUAUGAUUUGCUGCUAAUUGGGAUUUUGUGUAAUUUCUUAUCAUAUUUUUGAUGUAUUUUUUUCACCUUCACUGUGCUUCCAUUUUUUUAUAUCCGAAUUUCAGGACCGGCUUAUUCUUCUUGAUGUGGGAGAUGAUUUUCUGUCAGCCGCGCGACACUUUUAUCCUGCAGAGGAAGAAGAAGACAACAUGUCUUGGAAUAAUGGAGGACCACCUACUCCUAGUCUCAUCUUAGUACAAUU